CCUACAAUCAGCACAGACAUCUCAGCUCUGUGGUAUGCUCAUUAGAUCGCCUUUCAUCUGCAGUGAGAAUUUUGGAUCAAGUAAAGUUGUCAAGAUGAGUGCCUUGCUCCUUGUGGUCCUGUGUGCUACGCUGUGCUGUGCCUACUCUGAUGGCCACAAAGACAACAUAGAGAUUCUAAUGGAUAAUGUUCUGGUCCUGAGGGUGCCUGAGAGUUUGGGCAGCAGUGUGUAUGUUCCUCUGACCUGUGGAGAUACUUAUGAAAAUCAGCCUGUGUUUUGGAAGAAAAAUGGGAUGGAGCUUAACCCACCUCUGCAGGGGAACCAGGUCAGGGUUCUGGUGGAAGAGAUGAGUGGAGGAAACUACACUUGUCACCUCGGUCCCAGUGGCGAAUACCUCAACCACACUGUGAUCCUGAUCCAACUAGAUCCAGACAACAGGACUGUCAUACUGGAGAAAAAAUCCCCUGAAGAUGAUUACAUCCAAUGUUCAGCGCCUAACUAUAACGGUACCUUCCACUGCACCUGGAAAAGAACACAACACAGAUCCCAAGCCUCUGUGCUCCUGGUAAAGGCAGAUCGUCAUUUGGAAAAUAUACCAUGUGAGCUCGACGCUGACGGAUCAGGGGUUCACUGUCAGGAUUCCAGCUGCCCAUUCAAAGAGGAACAACACCGCAUCUCCCUCACCAUUUACAUACACAGCCACGCCCGCCUAGAGGCCUACACAAAGGGUUUCUACAUGAGAGAGAUUGUGAGGCCAGCAAAACUGUCUAACCUUCAGUUAAGUGAGGGCAACGUGUUCAGAUGGAACUACCCUGACUCCUGGGAUACCCCCGUCACCUUCUUUGGCCUGCAGUUCCAGGUCAAAGUGGUCAACAAUGGACAUUCCUGUAACAGUGACAAGAACAUAACGCACAGCAUCACUGAAGAAACUAAGUAUGAAGCCACUGUCAAAGCCAAGAAGUACCUUUUCUGUGUGCGGGCUCAGGACAAGUACACCAAUGGGCCAUGGAGCCACUGGAACCAAUACCCAGUGAACAAACGCCUUUUGUAGUGCUAGCUUUCUCACCCGGAUGCAGCCAUACAAAGAAGAAAAGAAGAAAGAUUACAAAGAAAACAUGCUAAUUCCCAUUUUUCAGUUUUCAUACAUUUUUUAGAGAAAACCCCCAAAACAGGUGCUGGGCUUUCGGAGUAAAUGUAAACCUGUACAGUAUUUAUUGAUAAUUUGUUCUUAGUGUCUCCAUGGAACCACAGUAUAUUGUUAAAACACUUAUUUAUCAUAUCAUUGUUUUAUACCUUUUUUAAACUCUUCUGAAAUGUUUCUUACCAUUUCAUAAUAAACUGA